UUGUGGGCGGGAGAAAAGGCGGGAGUGUAAGCGGAGGGGACCUGUGCUGGCCACUGUCAGAAUGACGCAGUCGGUGGUCGUCCAGGUCGGCCAGUGUGGGAACCAGGUCGGCUGCUGCUUCUGGGACCUGGCGCUGAGGGAGCACGCGGCGGUCAACCAGAAAGGAAUUUAUGAUGAGGCAAUCAGCAGCUUCUUUAGGAAUGUGGAUACCAGGGUGGUUGGUGAUGGUAGCAGUAUUUCCAAGGGAAAAAUACGUUCUUUAAAAGCACGAGCUGUCUUGAUUGACAUGGAAGAAGGGGUAGUAAAUGAAAUUCUCCAGGGACCGCUGAGAGAUGUAUUUGAUAGCAAACAGCUCAUCACUGAUAUUUCUGGCUCAGGAAAUAAUUGGGCUGUGGGUCACAAAGUUUUUGGCAAUCUUUACCGAGAACAAAUUUUAGAGAAACUCAGAAAAUCUGCAGAGCACUGUGAUUGUCUGCAGUGUUUCUUUAUAAUACACUCCAUGGGAGGAGGAACAGGAUCUGGACUUGGCACAUUUCUUUUAAAGGUGCUUGAAGAUGAAUUCCCAGAAGUAUACAGAUUUGUGACCUCAGUUUACCCUUCCAGUGAGGAUGAUGUCAUAACCUCACCUUAUAAUAGCAUCUUGGCGAUGAAGGAACUUAAUGAGCAUGCAGACUGUGUGUUGCCCAUUGACAAUCAAUCAUUAUUUGACAUCAUUAGCAGAAUAGACCUCGUGGUGAGUUCUGGAAAGUUGGGUCCAACUGUGAAGCAAGACAGUCUGGUUACCUCAAGUGCUAGGGCACUUAAACGGCAUAAGAAGCCCUUCGAUGCAAUGAACAACAUUGUGGCAAAUUUGCUGCUCCAUCUAACAAGCUCUGCACGGUUUGAAGGAUCCCUUAAUAUGGACCUUAAUGAAAUCAGUAUGAAUUUAGUUCCAUUUCCUCAACUUCAUUAUCUUGUGUCAAGCCUAACACCUCUGUAUACACUAGCAGAUGUCAACAUUCCUCCUCGGAGGUUGGAUCAGAUGUUUUCAGAUGCCUUUAAUAAAGAUCACCAGCUAAUUCAGGCAGACCCGAAACACAGUCUCUAUCUUGCUUGUGCCCUCAUGGUUAGAGGAAAUGUACAGAUUUCAGAUCUACGCAGAAAUAUUGAAAGAUUAAAGCCUUCUCUACAGUUUGUCUCCUGGAAUCAAGAAGGCUGGAAGACCAGCCUGUGUUCAGUACCUCCUGUGGGCCACUCUCAUUCAUUAUUGGCUUUAGCAAAUAACACAUGUGUGAAGCCUACCUUCAUUGAACUGAGAGAGAGGUUCAUGAGACUCUACAAGAAAAAGGAGGAUGUACAUAAGGAAAUAGAUGUACUUUGUUGCCAGGCAACAGCACAACACAGAACUGUUCAAACCUUUGAAUGAUUACCUAUCAGGAAAACUGAAUGGGCCAUUGUAUGUGUAUAUGCACAGACAGAGUGAGUGCCAUGGCUGGACAGCUUUCUGGUCCCACCACUCAGUUUAAGGAGGUUGCUUCUGAAUGUGAGACUAUGCUGAUUAGCUGAAAAAUGUCACCUGGUCUUAACAUUUUGCAGGAUGUGUUCAAAAUUGUCAACCACAUUAAAGGACAUGCCUUUAACUCACAUUUGUUCAUGCAGCUCUGAAGAGACAAACAUAGAGCACCCACAUCUUCUCAUACACACAGAAGUGAGAUGGUUUCUUAAAGGUCACUGGCCAGAGUUUCUGAGUUAUGAGAGCUACUCCAGAAAUUUCUUUUAGAAAAACAGUCACCACUGAUAGCACAUUUCAUUGACACAGAAUGGGUUGCAAAACUUGCCUAUUCAUGACAUUUAACCUGCUAAACAAACUCAGUCACUUCAGGAGAGAAUGACAACUGUGUUCAAGUCAGUAGAUAAAGUGGAUGCAUUCAAAGCCAAACAAAUUACAAAGGUGGCAAAUAAACAUUGGGAUUUUUGACGUUUGAAACAGCUGAGAUUUUGAAAGAGACUGAGUCAGAGCCUUCUUUCUCCCAGCUGGUAUAUGAUCACCUACCUCAGCUUUCAGAAGAGUUUAAGUAUUACUCCCCAACCACAAAAGACCCCCUCCAACUGGGAAAAAAACAUCCAUGACCCAUUUGUGAAUAUGCCAGAUGAACAGAAUUGUCCAUGCUACGAGAGGAUCAAGUGCUUCAGAUCAGAAAUGAUGGUAGCCUUUAAAUUCCAUAUUUCCAUACACUCUGGAUUAAAGUCAAGGCAGAAUAUCUGAAAUUGCUACAAAAGCACUGAAAAGCCUGCCUCCAUUUCCAACAGCCUGUCCUUUCAAAGCAGGCUUUUCUGCAGUGACGGCAACCAAAAUGAGACUGACUGGACAUAAACAACAUACUUUGGCUGUCACUGCCUCCCAUCACUUCUAGAAUGGACCAUCUGGUUGCAGGAAAACAAGUCUAGGGCUAUCACUGCUACUGCAUUAUAGUGAGUUGUACAAUUCUUUCAUUGUAUACUUCAUUAUAUAAUGAAAUAAUGGGAAUAAAGUGUACAGUACACAUAAUAAAUUUGAAUCACCUUGAAACCAUCCACCAGUCUAUGGAAAAAAAUCUCUUCCACAAAAUCAAUCCCUGCUGUCAAAAAGGUUGGGGACAUUUGGUUUAACUCAUCCUCUGAGUACUCAACCUAAGCUUUUGUUCCACCUGAUAACCGGUGUUUACUUUGCAUCAUUCUUGAUAUUAUUUCCAAUAGGCUUUAAACGUUGACAGAGUUAGGAAAGUCAAGAUAUUAAACACAACUGUGGUAUUGUUCAGUUUCAUUUGUUAAGAUAUGAAAUAUAAAAAUUGUAUUUGCAAAUUAGACUAUCAAUUUGACUGGAUUUCCUCUACUUUUUAAAUCUUUUAGAAAGUUCUGUCAUGAAGCAAACUGGUAAUACACUGCACUAAAUAAUUUUACGUACUAAAUCAUUACAAAUGUGUAAUCUCAUCCAUUCAGUUUACUUGCACAUUCCUUAUAAUAUCAGGCCUGCUGUACUCUCUCCCUUGGCUAGCCACUGCAGAUCACCUAUGGAAAGGCACAGAUCCAUAGAAAGGAUCUAUGGGUCGGGUAGUGAGUAGGUGAAUACAGCCCCUCCACUCACUGCAGCUUAGGAGAAACAGGAGAGGAAGAGGUUGUAUAAUUCUUCCAUCUCUAUGUAAAUCCAUUGGGAGAUUCUUGUUAUAUUCAUGUUAUACCUGAGCAUACAUUCGUUUUGUUAUACUCUUGUUACAGACGUUAUACUGGCAAGUUAAUCAGGCCAUAGUUCAUUUUAGGAGAGGCAUUUUCUUAAGGUUAAUGUACAUCUUAAAAUAGAUGCUUUAAGAGUAAGAUUGUGGUACGGUUGUGAUUUGAGUCUGUAGCUGAAUAUAGUGGAGUUCUGGCUGUGUUCAAAUUAGCUAUUUAAAAUUCUAAAAAAAAUGCUGCUCUUGCCUGACAUGUAUGAGGCCCUGGUUUCAAUCCCCAGUACCAAAAAGGAAGAAAA